AUGAUGGGCGGAGGUAGCUCGAAGGAAGUGAAGGGAAACAGCAUUUACGACUUCCAGGUUCAAAACAUCGACGGCCAAGACGUGUCUCUGAGCGAGUACACCGGAAAGGUUGUACUCAUCGUGAACCUGGCAAGUUCAGCUGGCAGCAUGUCAGCAACCCGAGAGCUUAGGUGUGAACUUUACGGAAAGUAUCGUUCUCGAGGAUUUGAGGUGCUGGGAUUUCCUUGCAACCAAUUCGGUGGCCAGGAGCCAGGCACCAAUGCCGAGGUGAAGGCCUUUGCACAGUCCAAGUGCCCCGACACGUUUCCCCUCUUCGCCAAGAUUGAUGUCAACGGUGACAAUGAGGCUCCUCUGUACACCUUCCUCAAGAGCCGGCAGGGAGAACUGCUGGGAAGCGACAUCAAGUGGAACUUUGCCAAGUUCCUUGUGGAUCGUCAGGGUCAGCCUGUUGCGCGCUUCGGGCCGCAACAGGCCUACCAGCAGUUUUGCUUCAUGUCAAAUGUUGGUUUUUGA